AUGCUGUAUGGUUUGCCAGCUUCUUCCAUCAUUUGGAGCCUCCACUUGGUGCACUUGGUGCAGUUCACACUAGCGGUGCGUCCGGAGAUUUGGGCAGACUUGACCGACGAGGAGCUCCGGCCACCUGCGCCCAAGAACCUGGGCCGAUUGUUGAAAAGGAAAGCAGCGGCUGUCCGCUGUGUUGAGGACCCGGAGCUCUUCCAGGCUGUGCAGGACUUCUUGCAGCUGAAAGGGGGCUCGGAUGUGCCCUUAUGUUCCUUACCGGGCAUCGUGUGCCAGAAGUGCGGUGUGGUGAAGAUCGGCAGGAGUGGAGCCAGUGCGGAGUCUAUCCAGGGAGACCUGUCUUUCUUGAGGCGCUUCCCCGAGCUGCGCGAGGUGGACCUCAGUUGGACCCGCGUGACGGGCGACCUGAGCUCCCUGAGGAACUUGUCCAAGCUUGAGAAGGUGGACUUGCGACAGACGCAGGUCUCUGGAAAGCUGGCCUCUCUAGAGUACCUGACCAAGCUCAAGGAACUCUACCUGGACCAUCCGGAGGUCUCUGGCGAUCUGAAGUCCUUAGAAUCUGCCAGACUUGAGUGGUUAGAUCUGGAUCGCACCAAGGUCUCUGGAGAGCUCACAUCCCUCAAGAAGAUGACGGGCCUGAAGAGGCUCUAUCUCAGAAGCACGCAAAUCUCUGGAAAUCUGAGUGCCCUUGAGACGAUGAGAGAUUUGGAAAGACUCUACCUCAGUUGGACGAAGGUCUCUGGCAGCUUGGCGCCGCUGUCCAGAAUCACUGGCCUCGAAACCCUCUUCCUUAGGGACACUGAGGUCUCUGGCACCUUAGCAGCCCUCGAGGACCUCACGAGCCUGGUCAAGUUAGAUCUGGGUGGCACCCAGAUCUCUGGAACUCUGACUUCACUGGAGCAGAUGAUGAACUUGACCACGUUAUCUCUGGGAGAAACGCAGGUCCUUGGCACACUGAGCGCUCUACGGAGGAUGUCCGGCAUGGGGACCUUGAACCUCACGAAGACCAACAUCUCCGGAUAUAUCCAUGAACUCCAUAUGAUGAAGGGACUUGAACGACUUCUUCUCUCCAAGACCUGGAUCCUUGGCACCUUGGGAUCUCUCUCUUCGAUCGAUCUGCCGGCUUUGAGGACCAUAGACCUCUCCAGCACUCUGAUCUCCGGUUGGUUUCUUCAGAAAGGGGGGCGCAGGUAUAUGAACCUUCGAGAGGCAAAUCUGGCAGACAGUCUGGCAGGGCCUCUUCCAGAUCUUCCCCAGACUGUAGCCCUGUCACGUGCUGAGAUGCUUCCUGCUUUGCAGUUUCUCAAUGUCAGCGGCUGCCCCUUGAAUGGCACCGUGGAGCAGUUGCUGCUGCCUCUCGCAGCCAAUCCCAUCACGCGGAUCGCUGCGGCGCGGUGCGGUUUGCGGGGCCCAGUGCCGAACCUUAGGGCUUUGCCAUUGGUUCAGGUGGAUCAUCAGUGGCACUCCAUGUGGCGUAGUGUCUUGUCGGGCUCCCUUCAACUGCUGGACAUUUCGGGGAACGGCCUAUCAGAGAUGGACACCCUUCCUGCAGCCUUACGGGUGGAUGUUGGGGACAACUCACAGGUCAUGACGGUCAGCAAAGCUGCCUUGGUGGAGGCGUUGGAACACAGCAUCGAGGUGGGUCUGGCCAAUACCCAGCUUGCGAACAGAGCGGAGGUGCGCGAGUUGCUGGGCAAUGGUUUGGAGUUGCAAAAGACGUGGAGGCUGAAGACAGGACCCUUCGGCUGCAGAGAUUUGACCGAAUCCAGGUUGAAAGUGACGCCGGAGCUUUUUCUACCAGAUGACAUGUGCGGCUGCAGCCCUGGAUUUUCGGGGACGGCCACCAACUGCUCGCCUUGCCUCCAAGACACCUUCAAUGAUGAGUGGAAUCAAAGUAUUUGCGAAAGAUGCCCUUCACGCAGCCAUUCUCGCAAAGCUUCCAAAUCCUUUGAAGCCUGCGAAUGUGAUUUUGGCUUCAUCCAGAAUGAAGCUGGCAAUCUCAGCUGCCAAUGCCCUGCGAGCAAGGCGCUACGUGAGGACAAUUGCAUUCCCUGCGAUCAACUUCACUUGAACUGCUCCUCUCCUGGCAGCAUCGCAGCCACUGCGCCCGUGAAGGUGGGCCAUGCUCGACUCCACGACAGGGCAGAGGUGGCAUUUAGGUGCCUUGAGGAUACACUGGCCCCCCUUUGCACGGACUGCGCAGCUAGCUACCACGAAAGGAACCAGAAGUGUUUGCCAUGCCGCGACAUGCUGAGCAUGCGGACCAUCCUCACUCUCUUGGGGUGCACGAUGGUGCUCACACUUGCGGUGGUGGCCCUGGCAUACACCUUCAGGAAAGGCUUGGCUCUAAGCCUUCGCUCCAAAUGUGCCUUGCAGUUGCUGCAGUCACAACUGGCUGCCCUGUUGCAGCUGGUGCAGCUUUGGGCAGUGCUGGCGCGCUUGGCGCAGCCAGAGAGGGAGCUGGUGGACCUUAACGUCACUAGCCCUUCUGAGCAGCCAGAGGGCAAUUUGGUCUUCUGGAUGGAAGCGUUUCAGCUCACGGGGCAUGAGAUCCAAAGCUUUUUGGCGCUCCAGUGUCGCGUGGCCGACGCGGUUCAGGUGCGCUACGUCUUCGCGCUGGGGACUCCGAUGGCACCUUUGGCUUUGCUGGGGAGCUGUUUGCUCUUGGAGUUCUGUGCACGGGGCAUGGGAAUCAGCGUGGCGCUCAAGGUGCUCACGCUGCUCUUCAUCGGCGGGGCCUCGGGUGCUGCGCAGCUCCUGGGCUGUCAGCACGUGGACGGCACAGGAAAGGUGAGUUUGGGUGAUUCCGCUUUUCGCCCUCUCUUCCCGCAGCUCUUGUGCACGGAGUCCGCCCCCUGGGUCGAUGGAGUGGGUUGGCUGGGCAUUUUUUGCUAUGGCCUCGUGAUCCCAUGCUUCUUGGGUCUUCUCUUCCUGAAGCAAAACAUCCUCAUGCGCCCCGCGAAGACCUUCCUGGCGCAGCGAGACGAAGAAGAGGGCGGUUCAGUGACUCUGAGGCUUCAAAGCAUGACGUGCCGGCAGAGUAUCGAGGAGACCUUGUGCCCCAAACGCCUGGUGGCGGCGGCCGCAGCCCACGUGGCAGUUCGUGUGAAGGGAUGCGGUGCCACCGUGAAGCUGCAGAAGGGUGCAGCGAUCGUGACUCCCUUCCACGACGGCAGCACCGAUUCGAGCUUUUCCGUGGAGCGUCUGGUCAUGGAUGCCAAUCUGGAAGAAGCAGAGCUGCUUCAGUACCAAGAGAUGGUCCAAAUGUUGACGGAGCGAAGUAUCCUGGAAGAGAUCCAGCAAGAUAGAGUGAUGAUGGGCGCCAAGCAUCUGCUCUGCAAGUACGCCAGCUGUCAAAAGGUUUGGAUGGAAGUGACCUCCAAAGUGGCCUCCACCGCCCUGAUCUCCGUGGUGACUGCGGAGGACGGCCUGUGGCUCUCGCUGGGCAUCACCGUGGGCAUGGCCUUGGUCAUCAGUCUCGCGUCUCCAUUUGAGAAGCCACAGGUGAAUGUCUUCCACACCUGCUGCUUCGCAUGCUUGGCCAUGGCAGCUUUUGGCUUUCGCUUUUGCUGGUGGCUUUCGCGCUUUGCUUUGGCUUUGCCUGUGCUACUGCUCAUGGCGCAGCUCGUGCGACCUGACUCGCCCCAAGCAAUGGCAGUGAGACUGCAGAAGGAGUUGGAGGAGAAGAUCGAGUUCAUGCAGCAGGGAGGCUCCUUCGAAGUUUCGACCACACCGCAGUUCCGCUACCGCUGGACGGACAACUUCCUCCACAGCGCCCUGGUGGACGCCAAAGUGGGUACCAAUGUCUUCAGCAUUGGCGGCCACGAACUGCAGGUGGAGUUGCCUGCCGAGAACGGGGGGAUCCGAGCGCUCUUCUGGUCGGAUCCAUGCUUCUCUUCCAAGUGGAUCACUUGUGCCUAUGCCGAGAAGUUCCAGACCUUUCCGCGCUCUGUGGCCAUGCUGAACAACAUCUUUGCCGAUCCCACCAUGGAUAUGUUCUCCAUCCUGGGCGACAACUUCUACGACCAGACAGGGGAAUUGGCCAAGACACUUUUCAACCAGCUCUCCCUUGAUGUGAAGCGCCGCUUCUUGCUGGUAGUGAACGGCAACCACGACAAUUGGGUGUGCGGCGGCCCCAACUGCGGCGGCUCCGAGGACAACUUCGGCAUCGGGCAAAUGCAGUACUACACGGCCGACCCUGUGGCCUCGCGGCUGGUGAGCGACAACGCCUUGGUCUCGGGGGAGUUCAUGGACUUCUCGGUGGACCCGGACGCCAGGAAGGCAUGGAAGAGCUUCCAGAAUGUGGGCACCAACUUCCUGGUGUACCACAAGCUCGGCAACGUCGGAUUCCUCGGCUUCACAGGGGCUGCCACCUUUCAGGAGAUGAAACCCUACUUUGCAGAGGCGUGCGACUACUUCAUGCAGACGAAGCCGGCAGUGGUGUUCUUGUUGGGCCACUGGAACACCGAUGGAAUGGGCUGCACCGGAGGCAUGUCCGUGCCGGACGUGCGGAAGGAGCUGUUGGGCCUCUCACAGUGCAGUGCAUUGGGGAAUCGCUUGAAGUACAUGGAUGGCCACGAGCAUUGCAAUUACGUGCAAGCGAACACCACCGAACCGGUGGGCUUCAUGAUCGGCGCGCACGGCAUGGAUGAUGGCGAAUGGCCGGCACGGCUACUUGCAAUGUCAUGGGUUGAUCUCAAUCUCGAUCAUCCAGAUGGUGUACGUGAACUUCUCCAGCGACUUGCCGCUUCGCCCUUGGUGCGGCAGAGCCUGCCAAAUGCGGCAGCCAUUUGCCAGCAAUACUUUCAGUUCCAUCGGAAGCCCUCAGAAUCCAUCCAGCCAUUCCUUGUGCGAGAAGCUUUGGGCUACACUGAAUUCGUGGAGGCCUUAGUCCGCCUCUAUGAGGACAAACAUGGUGUCCGUCAGGAAGACAAGGACUAUGGUCUGCCCAAGGCCGAUGAGUUGGAAGAGUGGAAUGAAUGGGAAGAAGGAAAUACCGAUUCUCCUCAUAGUUCUCGACGCCGUUCUGUUCGAGCUGCACAUGCUUCAGAAUAUGGCGACGCUCCCUGGCCUGAUGAAGAAGACCCCUUGCAGCCAGAAAGCGGCUCACCUUGGCAUGCUUCCACUGUGCCCUCACGUCAGUCCGUUGGCGUUCAACCGAGCACCAGUGGACCUCCGGAAUUAUCCUGGACCGACAGUUUUGUCCUGGGCGUUCUUCGUGGGUUCCGACUGCUGCAAUCCUCAGGCCUGACGCCGGAGGAUAAGCGAGAUAUCAUCAGCACCACUCGUGGCAGUCUUGAGUUCGAUGUGGUGGCAAGAGCUCUCCAGACUCUAUGGGAUGAACAAUUCCUGGGCCGGCAGAAUAACACCUACCAGAACCACAUGCUUGAGGAGCACGACGCUGUUGUGGCUGAGAAUGGUGACUGGUCCUGGGCACUACAUGGUGACUCAUGGGAGUCUGGUGGCUGGGAGGAUUGGUCUGAUCCUCAUUCGCAGUACUAUGCUGCGGAUUGGACUGACUAUGAUUGGGAGGACGCUCAUGUACAAGAAGCUCAUGAAGCCUCUGCUGAGGACACUGAGGCCUUGAAGGAGGCUCAACAGGCUGAAAAGGUUGCUGAAUCCUUGGCUGCAGAAGCUCAGAGAACUUGGAGCGAGGCCCAGAGGGCCACAGCUGCCUUGCGUCGAGAUCGAGGGUUUGGACAUGUUGUUGGUGCCUCUGGUAAAGGUGGAAAAGGACCCUGUUUCAUUUGUGGUGGACCUCACUACUCCAAGGUAUGCCCCGACAGACGCCAUCCUUCCUACUCUAAGGGCUAUAAGGGGAAGAAUAGCUUCUACCAGUAUGACUACAACCCUGAAGAGCUCUAUUUUGUUGGGAAGGGUAAGGGCAAACAGAAGGGAAAGCACUCCACUUUCUUCGCCUCCAAGGGGAAGAAGGGAAAGGGGAAGUCAUCUUCCUCGAUGAUGACGCGGCCGCCUGUCAAUGCCUAUGCGGCCGAUGAAGUUUUCAUGGGUGCCCUAGAGAUCGCUGAGGCUCACCGGGCGGAAACCGCCACGCCCCUAGAGGCCAUGGGAGCCCACCAAGGUUUGCUUGAUUGCGGUGCGACAGCUUCGGCUGGCCCCCAAGUUGCUGUCGAGAGCCUCAUGAAGGGCACUCCCUCCGAUCUCGUGGUGGCGGCCAUCAAGGCAUCGACACCCAAGAAGAAGGAGACAGCUCCCCUCGACCACGACCGCUCCUUCAAGAUGGACACAAGGGAUCCACGUGCCAGCAGCACUCAGUGGCCGUGCUUUGCCAAACAUGUUCCGGCCACCAUGAAGUACAAUCCUCACGGAGCAUGGAUCAACUGCGCAGUCUGCCAUGUCCGCCUGGAGUACAUCCCUCGGGUGGGCUCUCCGGGACAACACACCAAGCUCGACAAUCCGGCCAUGGUCAAGCGCAUGCUCAAGGAGCUCUACGACCUGAUGGACGGAGAAUCACCGACAGAGGACAUCUGUCGUGCAAUGCAAGUCAAGAUCGAUGCGGAGGAGGCCUUGCUCAAGCUGGUGGCCGAUGCCAAGAAGUCACCACCAAAGACACCUCCGUCGAAGGGCUACAAGACACCAGUGCAGGACCUGACCCUCUCCAUGAGUCAGCGACCAAGCUCCCCGGCUCCCUCCUGGAACAUGGUUCAUCCGGUGACGGGCGCUCAGUCACCGAGUUCCGAGGAUUCGGGACCUCUCACCGGAGCCGACAUGGAGAAGCUGCUGACCGAGGAAGAGAAGAUUCGUCUUGCCGCCCUUCUACGAGAUCGAAAGGGUUGGAGUGAAGCACCUAUGAUCGACCUUGAGCACUACUUCCAUGAGAAUGAUCUCUUCUGGCAAGGUUGCCGUGUAGACGGGUGUGUCUAUGGCAUGCGCAACCUGAAGGACACCGACUUCAUUAAGAAGAGUUGGAAGAUCAUGACCACCGAUGAGCACUUCUGGAAGAUCUAUCGGGCAAAGACUUGUGGUGGUGGUCACAGUCACAGUUGGAUCCAAGGAGCAGAGACUGCCCGAUCUGCCUAUUAUCCUUGGAAGCUAUGUCAAGCUAUUGCCCGCACUUGGCGUCAGCAAUUCCUCUCCGACAAGAAUGUCAACUACCUCUUCCGAAACUAUGACAAGCCUACAACGGUGCAGGACCUUUUGGCUGCUGAAGAAGAGACUGAGCGCUUCACCUAUGAGAUCACCACCGACGAGGACCCUUCUCAGUGGAAGUCUCUCGCAGACAUCCUGCCAAAGCGAGAGUAUGUGGACAUUGUGGAUGAAGUCCCCAAUGAAGAAGACCGAGAACUACCAGAUCUUCCCGACGAGCCCGACAACACCACCUAUGUGCCUAUCCGAAGGGCCAAGCAUAAGCAGACCUUUGGUCCUGAUGAGUAUGUCAAGGUGCAUCGCUCUUCGCCCCUUGGCUUGGAUUCCUCCUCCUCUGCGAAUCCAAAGGUGAAGCAUUGGAUUCCUCCGCCACCGGCACCUGACCUUGAGUAUACUCCAUCUGUUGCUCCCGAACCAGGUGAACAUGAAGAUGAUCUACCAGAAGCUGAAGCUGGUGCUGACACCACUGAGGUCAGCGUGAGAGAGAAGCGUGAAGUCAAUGACUAUGACCGGGAAGUUGAACGACCUCCCAAGAAAUCCAAAGAUGAAGAGUCUCACAAGAAAGCUCGCUCCAGCUAUGACUUGGGCUGGAUAGAUCUUUUGCGGGCCGAUGUUGACAAUGAGCCCAAAGAUGCUGAGCAUUGGAGUGACCUGACCUUCACCACAAUGGCCGACCAGUCGCACAACAACAGACCAGGUGGAAACUCCACCGGAGGUAUGAUCAGCCUGAUCUCAGGACCCUCCUGUCGCUCUGGCCAUGUCACUGAGUUCAUGUUGGUGAACUGGCGCUGCUGGAAACUCAAGCGCAAGGCGAUUGCGUCAAACGACGCAGAAAUACAGGCAGUGCUAGAAUCCGAAGACUCCAACUUUCGGAUGAGGCUCCUAUGGACAGAGAUCCACGGAGCAGGCCACCAAAGGCCAAAAGAGCGCCACGACUUGGUGGAGGAGACGGAGAAGCAGGCCCGUCUUGUGAAAGGCAUCCUCUGCACCGACAGCCGUGGAGGCUACGACGCUGUGGAGAUGAACGAAUCUCCACUCCUUGGAUUAUCCAAUAUGAGGGCAGCGCUUCAGGCCUUUCAGUUGCGUGAUAAUCUGAGGAGAGUUGGGGCUGAACUUCGUUGGCUAGCUUCCGAUUUCGACCUGGCCGACAGCCUCACAAAGCGCAAGGCUUCCUGUCGAGAAGGAUUGGUCAAAUUCCUUCAGACCAACCGCUGGAGCAUCGCCUUCGAUCCACAGUUCGUUGCAGCCAAAAGAAACAAAAAGACAGGCCACACCGCCGUCUCCAAGGUGGACAAAGCCAUGGCAUGGAAUGAGGGUCAUCAUUUUGAGCCCUUUGACCUUUUUUGUAGUGACUCCUCCGAGCUGCACUAUCUUCACACCUUCGCAGCUGAUUUUCUCUUUUGGGGUGGUGCAACAAACCCACCUUCAGCUGCUCAGGCAUGUAUGGAUGCCGCUGUGUCUUGGCUUGGAGGGGCCCCUUGA